AUGUGUUGGGCUUCCGGGUGUGGGCGUAUGGUGGACGGAGGGUGUCGUCGGAAGUCGGGGGGCCGUGCGACGACGCGUGCUGUUGUGGUCGGUUGUGCUGGGGGCCGGUACAGCGCAUCGCUAGGAGCUCUACAGGGGACGGGUGUCAGAAGGGCGUCACGUGAGCCAUGCGGUUGGGUUCUUCGGGGUCGCUCAACACAGGUCUACUGUCGUCUUGGCUGCCGCGUAUGGUGCUGA